CGUCACCCAACAACGGUGUCCAGAGCAUGUAUCGUAUCAUGCACCGCAUCAUAGUUGUGGUGGUUCUACUAUGGAGGAGUCGGGUCACCGCCGACCCGCAGACCACGCUCCUUAACGCCGGCUGCAGUCAGUAUAACGCAAGCGGCAACGCCGCCUUCGUCGCCACUCUCAACGAGACCCUCGCGGACCUGCGCUCCUCCCUCUCUUCCGCGGCCGCCGGCACCUCCGCCGCUAGCUUCGCCACCGCGCAGCGCCCCCGCGCCGCCGACCCCGUCUACGCGCUCUUCCAGUGCCGCGCUUACCUCUCCUCCGCCGACUGCCUCGCUUGCCUCUCCGUCGCCGAGGCCCGUAUCCGAAGAUGCGGCAACGCCAACGGCGCCCGCGUCAUCUACGACGGGUGCGUCCUCCGCUACGAGAGCUCUACCUUCUUCGACCAGACUACGCUCCCCGGUAACGCUGGCGUCUGCAACGGCAGCGCUGCGUCCGACGCGGGGUUCUCCGAGGCGGCGAAGGCGCUGGUGAGGGACCUGACCAGCGCCACGCCGAGGGUCUCGGGGUUCUUCGCGGCGGCGGAGAGGGAUGGGGUCUUCGCCGUGGCGCAGUGCGUGGAGACGGUGAACGAGGAGGGCUGCGCCCAGUGCCUCACGGUGGCGGACGCGAACAUCGAGAGUUGCCCACCGGACACCGACGGGCGGUCGGUGGACGCCGGGUGCUUCAUGAGGUACUCCAGCAAGUCCUUCUUCCCGGCCAACCAAACCGUGGAUCUCUCCCAGUUCUUGAGUUCAGGGAAGUCAAACAAGAAGGGAGCCAUAAUUGGAGGAGUUGUUGGAGGAAUCUGUGGUUUGUUGCUUCUAGCGAUCGUAGCACUCCUGUGGAUCAAAAGAUCCCGAAGACGCCAAGGGUUUCGAACAGGAGAUUUAUUAGGGGCAACAGAAUUACAGGGUCCACUAAAUUUCCAUUACAAGGAUCUAAAAGCUGCUACAAAUAAUUUCAGUGAAGAAAAUAAACUAGGAGAAGGAGGGUUUGGAGAUGUAUACAAGGGUACACUGAAAAAUGGUAAAACGGUUGCCGUCAAGCGAUUGGCAAUUGCACAAAUCAGCAGGGCAAAGGCAGAUUUUCAGAGUGAGGUGAAGCUUAUUAGCAAUGUUCAUCACAGAAAUUUAGUUCGCUUGCUUGGAUGUUCUAGCAAAGGCCAAGAUUUGCUUCUUGUCUAUGAGUACAUGGCAAAUAGCAGUCUUAAUAAGUUCAUAUUUGGUGAUAGACAGGGAUUCCUCAACUGGAAACAGAGAUUUAACAUAAUUGUCGGCAUGGCUCGUGGUCUUGCUUACCUGCAUCAGGAGUUUCAUGUUUGUAUCAUACAUCGUGACAUAAAAUCUAGUAACAUUCUGCUUGAUGAUGAUUUCCAGCCAAGAAUUGCAGAUUUUGGCCUUGCACGACUUUUACCAGAGGACCAGAGUCAUCUCAGCACUAAAUUUGCUGGCACUUUGGGAUACACAGCACCUGAGUAUGCAAUUCAUGGCCAGCUAUCUGAAAAGGUUGAUACCUAUAGCUUCGGUGUUGUUGUCCUUGAAAUAAUCAGUGGCCGGAAGAGCAAUGAUGCACAACUGGAACCUGUUAUUCAAUACCUUCUUGAAUGGGCUUGGAAAUUAUAUGAAAGCGGCGAUUCGAUCGAUUUGGUGGACAGAAGCUUAGAUCCUACUGAAUAUUCCCCAGAAGAAAUGAAACGAAUUGUCAAAAUAGCUCUUCUCUGCACGCAAUCCACUGUGUCUGCAAGGCCAACCAUGUCCGAGGUUGUGGUUUUGCUGCUUAGCGAAGGUGACCAUGACAGGCUCCAGCCAACAAGGCCUACGUUCAUAGACGCCACAAGUAGGGUUCGCGGAGAUGGAUCGACCUCCACUGGCUCGUCUUCUACCUCCAAUGCUACUGUCUCUGCAUCACAGUUUUCUGCUCGCUGAAGUUCAGCAGCAGUGAAAUAUAUGGUAACUCAUGAAUAAAAAUGGUGUAAUUCUGUAUAGUAUGUAGUCAAGAACGUGUAUCAAAUGAAACUAAGGACUGGAUUGUCAUGAUUGGGGUACCUUAAAAAAUCAAGAAAAUAGUAAAAAAAAUUCAUAUAUUGUACUGUCAAGAAGCCAAUGACAGAAAGAAAAAAAAAAUACUUAAACAAUAUUUUGGUGGCUUUUAUAUGUGAAAAUGCUAAAGGCAGAGUUUGAUGUCCA